AUGGCGCCAGUCAACGAACCUAAACUAGCCACCAAGCCGAAGUCCAUCAAAGAGGCCAAACGUGUCGCUGGCGCUGUCUCAAAGGAAGCAUCCCCAGACGUUGACAAGCACCAAGCUGAUUCGGGCCCAUCAAAAUCCGCAAUUCGUCAAGUCUCAGCUGCUGUCUCGAAUGAUGCUUCGCCGGCCAUUCCUCAAGAGCGCUUGCCUAUCAAUCACAAGGGUCCGGUCUCGCAAACGAAAACUUCCGAGAAAAAAGACUUUGUGAGGCCCGAGGUGAAUGAGGUCACCGGCGUCCAACUUGAAGGUUCGUGGCACCCAGGGGGCCGCCCUAUGACGGGCAUAGACUUGACAACGAUUUACGGCAAUGGCUUCUUGCAGUACACGGCACUGCUGAUCGCCACGAUCGGCACGUUUGCCCUCCUUUGCCACAACUUGCUGCUGAACGUCGUUGCCCCCAGCGUGGUCCACUGGUGCAAGCAGCCUCCAGAGUACUUCAACAUGACGGCCGAGGAGUGGCGCAACAUCAGCACGCCUCAGGGCGUCAACGGUCCCUGGGAUCAGUGCUUUCACUACGAGCCACCGCUGUCCGUGGCCUCAUCUAACAGAACGCAGGUACCUUGCCGAGACUGGGACUACGAGCCUGGUAGCGGCCGCUCCAUCACCAGCGAGUGGAACUUGGUCUGUGAGCGGCGCUGGCUGCUCACGCUCGCAUCAGUAGUGUACAUGAGCAGCGCCAUGGCAUCGGUACCUAUCGUGGGCAAGUUGUCGGAUGGCGUCGGCCGCCGACCGAUUAUCUGCGUCUCCGUCGCAGCCCUGGUAGUCUUCGGAAUGGCCGUUUGCUUCGCGCGCACCUUGUACACCUUCCUGGUGCUGCGUGUCGUCGUGGCCGCAUCGGUGGGAGCCGUCCGACUGACCAGCUUCGUGCUGCUCUAUGAGCUGUCCACUCCAAAGUACCAAUGUCUCUAUUGCGUGUUAGCAAUCGGAGGUGGCCUCAUCACAGCACCGCUUUAUCUGGGGCUAGUAGGUUUCUUCGAGACCAACUGGAUCCUCGCGCAGGUGGUGACGAUGCUUCCAACGUCGCUGCUUGCAUCCGCUUUCUACGUCACAGCCGAGUCGCCACGCUGGCUCAUCAGCAAGACAAGGUACGAGGACGCGGAACGGUCCAUUCUCUGGGCGGCUAAGAUGAACAGGAAAGGCGUGAAGCAGACCAUGAUGCAGUGGCGACCGAUGCGGGAGGCCCUGCGCCAGGUGGACAUUGAAGUGUCCACCCAUGUCAAGUCGGGCCUGAGUGGCAUUCUGAGCUCGCCCAUCAUGCUCCGUCGUAGCGCCAUCCUGUGUUACUGCUGGCUUGUCUCUGUACUUGCCUACUACGCACGCUUCCGGGUACAUAAAACGGAAUACCUCUGGCUGCUUGCAGUGACCAUAGCCCUAAAGAUUCCUAGCUUCUUUCUGAUGUACCGGUUCUUGACGACGCUGGGCCGUAGAUCUACUGUGUGCGGCGCAUUUGCGGGGUUCUCCCUCAAUUUCGGGUGUGCCGUCCUGCUCACGGAGUUCAAUUUGUUCCCAUGGUUAGUGGAAAUGAUGCACUGGGUGUGCAACGUCUUUGUGGACAUGACCAUCACCUUGUUAUUCACGUUUACUGUCGAGCUGUUUCCGACCGAGGUUCGUAGCAUUGGUCUAUGCGCCGGCUACUUUUUCGGUAGGAUCGGUAGUAUAUUAGAGCCUCUGAUGUUUGAGCUCAGCCAUACCGAGAGCCUUCUGGCUAUAUCUAUACUGGGCGUGUUCGCCGCCCUGCUUGUACUUUUCUUACCGGAGACCAUGUCCUGCAUCAUCGUGGAUACCAUCAAGGAUAUGGAUGCAGCGAAGCUCCAAGAGAAGUUAGAUCGGCUAGACGAGCUCCUGAAGAGCUCCGCUAAAGCCGUCGUCAAUCAGGUCAAGAAUCAAAGAAAAACUCAAGGCAAGGCACACACCAGCGGGCGUCGCUUAAAGAACUACAUAAACCGUAGGUUUACCCUCGACACAGGUUAUAAAAUUCGUGAAGGGAAACUCGUGCGUAAUGAGAAUUUGGGUCGUCCAAUCUGA